CAGUGCAGCUAUAAAGAACAAACUUCUUGAUAUAACUAAAAAUUGAAAUAGAACUAGUUUUAUACAUAAGAAAUGUUAUUAAAAAUUGUGACAGAGUGCAUACACACAUAUAAGUGUUUUUAAAUGUUUGUAAACAACACAAUGUUUUCCAAGUAUCUUUGGUUAUCACUUUUCUCCGGAACUGCAUAUCUUUUAUACUCACGUGACUUUAUUAAGAACAUAAAAACACAUUUGACAGAUGGACCAUUAAAUAUAGUUGACAUGAUAUACAUUGCAAUAAAUGGAAAUUUUGCUGGGCAGAGGAUAUUUACUACAAGUGAAUUGGAACAAUACACAAAUUUGGAGAAUGGUUUGUAUCUUUCAAUUUUAGGACAAGUUUUCGAUGUAACAAAAGGUCAAAAACACUAUGGGCCUGGAGGAAAUUAUCACUUUUUCACUGGUCGUGAUGCUUCUUUAGCAUUUAUUACUGGAGAAUUUGAUGAUAAUAGUUUAACUGAUGACAUAUCUAGUUUGUCUGUGCAACAAGUUAAGAUGUUGAAUGAUUGGAUAGAAUUUUAUAACACAAACUAUGUCUAUAAAGGGAAAUUAUAUGGCAGAUAUUAUAACAAAGAUGGUAGUCCAACUGCAGAAUCUUAUAAAGUACAAGAAACAGUACUGCUAGCUAAAAAAAUUGAAUCAUUAGAAGAGAAGCAAAAAAGAAUGUUUCCACCUUGUAAUAUAGAAUGGACUCCAGAUAUUGGUACUGUAUUCUGGUGUAGUAAAAAAAGUGGUGGAAUUGAUAGAGAUUGGGUAGGAGUACCAAGAAUGCUAUUUGAGACUGCAAAUAUGCCAUCUAGAUGUGCCUGUAUUAAACUUGAUAGUAAGGAAUAUGAAGAGAACAAAGCUAUGUUGAGAGAAUAUAAUGGCUGUGCAAAAUAUGCAACAAAAUGCAUUGUGGAAAUGAAAUAGAAUAUAAUAUAAACAAAUAUUAAUUAAUAUACAGUAUUUCU